GCUCUCGCGCUGCUGUCCGCCCGCCGCCCGCGCGCCGUUACCCUGGUUACCCGCCUCCCGCCUCCCACCCGCAGCUCCGGCCUCGGACAGCAGGGUAACAUUGGCUUCCAAUGGACGUCUCCGAUAGUCCUGACUGUGACCCUCAUUCCCCAGAGGAACAGCUCUCUGAUGAUCUGUUGCUUGAGGGUGGGCAUGAACAGGAUGAAGAGGACGACAUAGACAAACAGUCAGAACAUGACGGGGAAUGCCUCGAUUCUGAUGACAAUGAUCGUUGCAGUGAAAGUGCUGAGCUUGAAAGUGCUGGUGAUCCUGACAAUGAGGGGAGUCAGGAUGAAGUGGAGACCCGUGAAUCUGAGGUAGAAGAGGAGGAAAAAGUGAAAGAGGAAGGAGACUGCAGUGAGGAGAGUGGCAAUGAUGGCGAGAAUGACGAGCUACCCAAAGACAUAGACCUAGAGUCUGAUCGAGAGAAUCCAGCAAGUCCAAAAAGGAUACGCAAUGCUGAGCAAGGAGAAAAUGCACUCUCUGGGAAGCAGGACUUGCAGCCUGAUGAGGUUGUUAAUGAUUCCAAGGAUGAGGCAUCUUCUGUCAGUAGAGAUCUGGAUGAACAUGAGCUGGACUAUGAUGAGGAGGUUCCUGAAGAGCAGCCAGGGGCUGUGACUGAGGACAGUGAGAAACACAGCACAGAGGAGAAGAAUGGCGACUCACCAAAUGAUGGUGAGAAAGAGAAAAGCAACUUUGAAGACAGAAAGUCUGAAAGAGAGAGGAGAGAUUCAUUUCGUGAGAGGAAAAAGGAUGAAGAUGACGGGGAGCUUGAUGAAGGAGAAGUUGAGGACGAUGAUCUUGAAGAAGGCGAAGUAAAGGAUCCCAAUGAGAGGAAGGUCCGACCAAAACCCAUCUGCAGAUUCUACAUUAAAGGUAACUGCACCUGGGGGAAUAAUUGCCGGUUUAUUCAUCCGGGAAUAAAUGAUAAAGGAAACUACUCGCUGAUAGCCAAACCAGAUCCCUUUUCACCUAAUGGAGGACAUCACAUAGGACCUCACCCACUGAUGCAGGCUAACCCAUGGGAAACACAAAUGUUGGGUACUCCAGUGAUCGAUGAAUUGUUACCUCCAGUUCCAGUGGAACCUCCAGCGGAGAGUGCGUGGGAGAGAGGUCUGCGACAUGCAAAAGAAAUGCUGAAAAAAGCCACCAUGAGGAAGGAACAGGAGCCAGAUUUUGAGGAGAAAAGGUUCAAUGUGACUAUUGGAGAUGAUGAUUUUGACAAAGAAAAUGAUUUUUAUCGGGAUUGGAAUUAUCGAGUUGCAAGAGACGUCAGAGAGCCAGGUGACUUGGAGUACAGAGACGCAAUCAAUUACGGACCUGACACUUAUACAGCUCCCUAUUAUGAACAAGAAGUUGAUCGUUACUGGCGUGGAGGACAAUAUGAAAACUUUAGAGUCCAGUGGACAGAAGCAGACUAUCAUUACAGGGAAAGAGAGAGGGAAAGGGAACGAGAAAGAGAAAGAGACAGACACAGAGAGCAACGUGAGAGAGAACGCGAGAGAGAACGAGGAAACCGGAUACGUGAGAGAGAAAGGGAUCGAGAACGUGAACGUGACAAAGAACGCCAGAGGAGAAAAGAAGAAUGGGAACGUGAGCGUGCAAAACGGGAAGAGAAGGAUCGAGCCCAUCGAGAACGAGAGAAGGAGAAACCAAAGCAGAGAUCCCCACCUCCUGCAACAAGUGCCAGCGUUCCAGUGUCAGUGCAGUGGGGAGGGGAGAAGACUUUGCUGAUGGCUUCAAGCCGGACUGUUGUGCCAUCACAGUUGAAGGGGAAAGCAGGAAGCCGGCAAGUAGAGCCCCCCAAGAAAGAGGCAGCACCCGGUGGUGUGAAGCGGGCAGAUGAGUGGAAAGACCCCUGGCGCCGAUCCAAAUCACCGAAAAAGAGACCUGUCUCAACCACAUCGCCAAGCCGCGGGCGCCGGCGGAGGCGAGCAUCGGGGUCAUCUGUUUCAGGGUCUGUCUCGUCGAGGUCUUCAUCUCGUUCUUCUUCCUACUCAGCAUCUGGCUCCUCCAGGUCACGGUCGAGGUCCCACUCAAGAUCUUCUUCUUAUAGCUCCUACUCCAGCCAUUCCUCCAGACACAGCUCCUAUUCAGGCAGCAGAUCAAGGUCGAGAUCCUUCUCCUCUUCACCCUCCCCAACUCCAUCGCCAUCCCGCGCUAAAGAUGCUGCAGGAGCAAAGACCAAAGGAGGUAGCAGCAAAGGUAGCGACGCACCUGCAACUAUUGCAAAAAGUGAUAAAACUGUGAAGAAGCUGCCCUCCCCACCUCACUCAGGGCAACUGGCCGGGGCCAAGGUCACAAAGUCGGGUACAGACGGCAACAAACCUGCCGAGAACCGAGAGGGAAGAAAGAAGGAGCGACUGCCUCGGUCCCCACUGCGGAGGCGGAACGCAAGUGGCAGUGACACUGCCAGCAGCUACACCGGGUCAAGCUCUCGUUCACGAUCACAUUCUCGUUCAGUGUCUCGGUCAACAUCAGCUUCAGGCUCCGUGUCAGGCUCCCACCGAUCCAGAUCCUUGAGUGUGAGCAGUGUGUCCUCAGUGUCAAGUGCUUCAUCCAGUAGCAGCUCUGUGAGAAGUGCAGACUCUGAAAAUAUGUACGCUGAUUUAGCCAGCCCUGUAUCCUCUGCCAGCUCCCGCUCACAAACCCCUGCUCAACCCAAGAAGGAGAAGGCAAAACCCAAACGAGAGGAAACUCCAAGAGACAAGGAGCGCGAAGAGAGGCGGAAACGCGAGCCUCCACCCCAGCCACAGAAAUCGUCCACCACAGCAAAACCAAGUCAGAUCAGCAAACCCCCUCAGCUGGUGUACAGUGCACACAAGGACAUCAAGCUCACUCUGUUAAACAAGACAGCUGAUAAAGGCAGCAGGAAACGCUACGAGCCCUCUGAUAAAGAGAGGCCCUCCUCUCCUCCUUCCAAACGAAUGGCCAUGUCUCCAGAAAGAGCCCAUCUCUCUCUGUCAGGCCACCGGGAGCGCAAGUCGUUUGGACGGCCACCGUCACCAAAGGCCGAUCGGCAGAGCAACCGUGGGCCUCCAGUCACCAGAUCAUCUCCUGCACAAGCAGACAGAAAACGGCCGCCUUCACCUCAGACCAAGGUUUCGAGCAAAGUCACCAGUGUGUCUUCAAGCUCCGGCAAGUCACACGACACAUCUACUACUGCCAGCUCAGCCUCUGCCGCCAAGUGCAGCAAGUCGAACACGCUGUCCCGCAGAGAGGAGCUGCUCAAACAGCUGAAAGCCGUGGAGGAUGCCAUCGCCCGCAAGCGAGCAAAGAUCCCUGGGAAGGUGCAGUAAGGACUCGGAUGCAGCUGUCAGUAUUAGUCCAUUCAUUCGGGAUUUGGUCUGGAAGCAGCCAUGUCAGGACAUCGCAGGACCUCGCCACCACUUGCCAGGGUGUGCCUGACCCCGUGGCUGUGUGCCUGACCCCUCCCCAGCUCUGCCCUGACACCUCCUCGGCUCCCUGACACCCAGGCAGUUUAGUGAUCUUUCUUUUCAAUUUUUUUCUUAAACUGGAGCGCUGGCUGCAUUACAUAUUUAACACAAACUGACUGCGGUCGAUGAGUUUCAAGCCGUACAGUUGAUUUGUCUAUAGUCAUGACUGGACUGAACAUGUGAAAUCUGGCCCAAGAGAAGCAACCCUCCCUCACCCUCUCUCACAUACAUGGCUUUAGGAGUUCUCUCUCUCGCUCACUCUCUCUCUGCUUGUCCAAGCGAGAAAGCCCUGCUAUAAAUACUGUAUUACUGGAAAGCAGAUGAAUGUGCUGUGAAACUGCUUUUUUCCCCCCCUCACUCCCUCCCCCCAUCCCCCAUUUUUGGAUAAAUCUCGCUUCCUCUCAAAUAAAUAUUCAUUCUAUUAUUUUACACUUUACCCUCUUCAGAUUGUUUUAACCUCCUGAUUCGCCGUCCUGUGGUUGUUUGAGAUUUGGCUGAAGACUGGGAACUGUUUAACGAACAAACACAGAGAUAAAUAUUUUUUAAAAAAAAUGCAAAUUCCGGCAGCCGGUGUUUGUGGUGCAGCAUUUCAGGAGCUUCACAUAACAGUGAGGGCGGAGGCCGCAGAGCAGGGAAAUCUUACACUGAAUUGUAAAACCAGGAUUCUUGACUUUUUUUACAUGAUUUUAAUAAAGGACUUAUUAGUUGUCAGACUUCAGAAAGUUUUUGAUUAGCUGCUUACUUGGUCUGUUUCUGCUGCACCCCAGGCACACCGAUGAUCUGCUUCUGUCGUGUGUUGAGGGGAAGAUGCCAGGUUUCCCUGUAAAGCUGUAUUUUCAGAAUUCAGAGCUGUGAGUCCCAAGGGCUCUGUGAAGAGGUGUUUACCUCACUGCCAGUCUUAAGCCUGAAAUCGAGGGCAGCCUUGCAUAGAGUCCCACCCGAGCCCCCUGAGUGAGUGUGUCCUGCGUGUGGAAAAGGUUCCUUGAACCUCACACUGCAGAGCCGUGGUCAAAAUCUCCAGCAUAAGUGCCACGGUGCAAGCAGUGAAACAAAUAACAAAACUUAAACUGUUCCCGAAGAGCACCGAAUGUCCGAGUGAUACUCGAACCUCACAAGCCGUCUUCACUGAGGAGGUCUAUCAGAUACCUGUACUUGUGUGUUUCUGUUGUACCAAACUUACAAACCGGGCUUUCUGUAAAUCGUUAAACUGAAAAUUAUAAAAUGGAACCAGAGCUUUUGAUCUGCA